GGCGGCCGGCAGGGCGCGCGGACGCUUAGCCCGGCGUUCCGGAGCUCCCCGGGCAGCUACGGGCCGCCCUCAGGACGCCGGUUCUCUAACACGACUCCCCGCGGUGCCACCAUGGUGAAGGAACAGUUUCGGGAGACGGAUGUGGCCAAGAAAAUAAGCCACAUCUGUUUUGGCAUGAAGUCACCUGAGGAGAUGCGGCAGCAGGCACACAUCCAGGUCGUGAGCAAGAACCUAUACAGCCAGGACAACAACCAUGCCCCGCUGCUCUACGGCGUGCUGGACCACAGGAUGCAGGCUGUGCUUUCCUCCAAAGGGGACAAGUGAAAAGGACCGGCCUUGUGAAACCUGUGGGAAAAACUUGGCCGACUGCCUGGGCCAUUACGGCUACAUUGACCUGGAGUUGCCAUGUUUCCACGUCGGGUACUUCCGAGCCGUCAUAGGCAUCUUGCAGAUGAUCUGCAAAAGCUGCUGCCACAUCAUGCUGUCCCUGGAGGAGAAGAAGCAGUUCCUGGACUACCUGAAGAGGCCCGGCCUGACCUACUUGCAGAAGCGAGGGCUGAAGAAGAAGAUCUCGGAGAAGUGCCGCAAGAAGAGCACCUGCCACCACUGUGGCGCCUUCAACGGUACCGUGAAGAAAUGUGGAUUACUGAAGAUAAUCCACGAGAAAUACAAGACCAACAAGAAAGUGGUGGAUCCCGUCGUCUCCACUUUCCUGCAGUCUUUCGAGACAGCCAUUGAACACAACAAAGAAGUGGAGCCGCUCCUGAGCAGGGCACAGGAAAACUUGAACCCCUUAAUAGUUCUUAACUUAUUUAAACGAAUCCCAGCCGAAGAUGUCCCGUUGCUUCUGAUGAACCCGGAAGCGGGUAAGCCCUCCGAUUUGAUCCUCACCCGACUCUUGGUGCCGCCCCUGUGUAUCAGACCCUCCGUGGUGAGUGACUUGAAGUCAGGCACCAAUGAAGAUGAUCUGACGAUGAAGUUGACAGAAAUCAUCUUCCUGAAUGAUGUCAUUAAGAAGCAUCGGAUCUCGGGUGCCAAGACGCAGAUGAUCAUGGAGGACUGGGACUUCCUGCAGCUGCAGUGUGCGCUCUACAUCAACAGCGAGCUCUCAGGCAUCCCGCUCAACAUGGCUCCCAAGAAGUGGACCCGGGGCUUUGUCCAGCGCCUCAAGGGCAAGCAAGGUCGGUUUAGAGGCAAUCUCUCCGGAAAGAGAGUGGAUUUUUCUGGCAGAACUGUCAUCUCACCUGACCCCAACCUCCGGAUUGAUGAAGUAGCUGUUCCGGUUCAUGUGGCCAAAAUUCUAACUUUUCCUGAGAAGGUGAAUAAAGCUAACAUUCAUUUUUUGAGGAAAUUGGUUCAGAAUGGCCCUGAAGUUCACCCAGGAGCUAAUUUCAUUCAGCAGAGGCAUAUGCACAUGAAAAGGUUUCUGAAAUACGGGAAUCGAGAGAAGAUGGCCCAGGAGCUCAAGUACGGCGACAUCGUGGAGAGACACCUGAUAGAUGGAGACGUGGUGCUCUUCAACCGGCAGCCCUCGCUGCACAAGCUGAGCAUCAUGGCACACCUGGCCAGGGUCAAGCCCCACCGGACCUUCCGGUUCAACGAGUGUGUGUGCACACCCUACAACGCGGACUUCGAUGGUGAUGAGAUGAACCUGCAUCUUCCCCAGACGGAGGAGGCGAAAGCAGAGGCCCUUGUCCUGAUGGGGACUAAAGCGAAUCUUGUCACCCCAAGGAAUGGUGAGCCCCUGAUUGCUGCUAUUCAGGAUUUCCUAACAGGUGCCUAUCUCCUCACUCUCAAAGACACGUUCUUUGAUCGGGCCAAGGCUUGCCAGAUCAUUGCCUCCAUACUGGUUGGCAAGGAUGAGAAAAUCAAAGUCCGCCUCCCACCCCCUACAAUACUGAAGCCUGUCACUCUGUGGACUGGCAAACAGAUCUUCAGUGUCAUCCUAAGGCCUAGUGACGACAGCCAAGUGAGAGCCAAUCUGCGGACCAAGGGCAAGCAGUACUGUGGCAAAGGGGAAGACCUGUGUGUCAACGACUCCUAUGUCACCAUCCAGAACAGCGAGUUGAUGAGUGGCAGCAUGGACAAAGGGACCUUGGGAUCUGGCUCCAAGAACAACAUCUUCUACAUCUUGCUGCGCGACUGGGGGCAGAAUGAAGCCGCUGAUGCCAUGUCACGCCUGGCCAGGCUGGCUCCUGUGUACCUGUCAAACCGCGGCUUCUCCAUUGGGAUUGGUGAUGUCACCCCUGGCCAAGGACUGCUGAAAGCCAAGUACGAGUUGCUGAACGCUGGCUACAAGAAGUGUGAUGAGUACAUCGAGGCCCUGAACACAGGCAAGCUGCAGCAGCAGCCUGGCUGCACAGCUGAGGAAACCCUGGAGGCGCUGAUCCUGAAGGAGCUGUCUGUGAUCCGUGACCAUGCCGGCAGCGCCUGCCUCCGGGAGCUGGACAAGAGCAACAGCCCCCUCACCAUGGCUCUCUGUGGCUCCAAAGGUUCUUUCAUUAACAUCUCACAGAUGAUCGCCUGUGUGGGACAGCAAGCCAUCAGCGGCUCCCGAGUGCCGGAUGGCUUCGAGAACAGGUCCUUGCCUCACUUUGAGAAACAUUCAAAGCUUCCAGCUGCCAAGGGCUUUGUGGCUAAUAGCUUUUACUCGGGCUUAACUCCCACCGAGUUCUUCUUCCACACGAUGGCCGGUCGGGAAGGUCUGGUUGACACAGCGGUCAAGACAGCCGAGACGGGUUACAUGCAGAGAAGGCUCGUGAAAUCCCUUGAAGACCUGUGCUCUCAGUAUGAUUUGACAGUUCGAAGCUCUACCGGUGAUAUCAUCCAGUUUAUUUACGGGGGAGAUGGCUUGGACCCUGCAGCUAUGGAAGGAAAAGACGAACCUUUGGAGUUUAAAAGGGUCCUGGACAACAUCAGAGCAGUCUUCCCGUGUCAGAAAGAGCCUGCUCUCAGCAAAAAGGAACUGAUCCUGACCACUGAAUCCAUCCUGAAGAAAAGCGAGUUCCUCUGCUGCCAGGACAGCUUCCUGCAGGAAAUCAAGAAAUUCAUUAAUGGGGUUUCUGAGAGGAUCAAGAAAACCAGAGAUAAAUACGGCAUCAAUGAUAAUGGCACGACCGAGCCCCGCGUGCUGUACCAGUUGGAUCGCAUCACCCCCACCCAAAUAGAGAAGUUUCUGGACACCUGUCGGGACAAGUACAUGAGAGCACAGAUGGAGCCGGGGUCUGCUGUGGGUGCACUUUGUGCCCAGAGCAUUGGCGAACCGGGCACCCAGAUGACGCUGAAGACUUUCCACUUUGCGGGCGUGGCCUCCAUGAACAUCACCCUGGGCGUCCCCCGUAUCAAAGAGAUCAUCAAUGCCUCCAAAGCCAUCAGCACUCCAAUUAUCACAGCGCAGCUAGACAAGGAUGACGAUGCGGACUACGCUCGCCUCGUGAAAGGGAGAAUCGAGAAAACCCUCUUGGGGGAGAUUUCAGAGUACAUCGAAGAAGUAUUUCUUCCUGAUGACUGCUUCAUUCUGGUCAAGCUCUCCCUGGAGAGGAUCAGGCUUCUCAGACUGGAAGUGAAUGCUGAGACUGUACGCUACUCUAUCUGCACAUCCAAGCUGCGUGUGAAGCCGGGUGAUGUGGCUGUUCAUGGCGAGGCCGUGGUGUGUGUCACCCCCAGAGAGAACAGCAAAAGCUCCAUGUACUACGUGCUACAGUUCCUCAAGGAGGAUCUCCCCAAGGUGGUGGUGCAGGGCAUCCCAGAAGUGUCCAGAGCUGUCAUCCACAUUGAUGAGCAGAGCGGGAAGGAAAAGUACAAACUCCUGGUGGAAGGCGAUAACCUGCGGGCAGUCAUGGCCACCCACGGUGUGCGAGGCACCCAAACCACCUCCAACAACACCUAUGAGGUGGAGAAGACUCUGGGCAUCGAGGCAGCCCGGACCACCAUCAUCAACGAAAUCCAGUAUACGAUGGUCAACCAUGGCAUGAGCAUCGACAGGAGGCAUGUGAUGCUGCUGUCUGACCUGAUGACCUACAAGGGCGAGGUCCUGGGCAUCACCCGCUUUGGCCUGGCCAAGAUGAAGGAGAGUGUGCUGAUGCUGGCUUCCUUCGAGAAGACAGCUGACCAUCUCUUCGAUGCCGCCUACUUCGGGCAGAAGGACUCCGUGUGUGGGGUGUCCGAGUGCAUCAUCAUGGGAAUCCCGAUGAACAUUGGCACAGGCCUCUUCAAGCUGCUCCACAAGGCCAACAGGGACCCAAACCCUCCCAAGAGGCCUUUGAUCUUCGACACAAAUGAAUUCCACAUCCCCCUUGUCACAUAGUCCCAUUUGCAGCCUCAGCACCUUGCCCUGUCUGCAGCUGCCUUGGAGAGCUCUAUGUCCCCUGGGAUAGAGGCCCUGGUGCCCCCGUCUGUGCCAGAGCUGAGAAAAGGUUCCUGCAUCCCCAACAGCAGCUCUUCUGAUGCGCAACAGCUCACACCGGUGCACCUGCCUACCCCACACUGCUUGGGGGAACUGAGGGUUUUAUUUGAAACUCACUAGAGAUGUCUCUGCUCUACCUUCCCACCUCACCUCCCUAAACCGGAAGGAGACCCCAGGUGGGCGUCACUGCAUAUCCAUCCAUCAACUCCCAAUGGAGUCUUCAUGCCUGACCACGAGCCAGAUCUGAGUCCCACACAGCCCAAGGUACAUUCUUAGUCGUUCAUUUCCUGGACUUUCACUACAUGACAUGCUCCUGGAAACACUGUUACUGUUGGUUUUUUGUUCCAUUGGAAGGAGUUAGAAUUACUUUUGAAACCAAGAAGCUACAGAAACUGAGAAACCCAAAACAGAAGCUCCAGGGGAAAAACUGAUCAAGCAGAUUGAACCAUCUAGAAUUCAUAACCAAGCUGAGCCUGUACGGAGUCCUGGGCUGCACUGAAACAUGGAUGCCUCCAACUCCCCUGCUGUGUUCCUCUACCUCUGAUCCUUGCGACAAACCAGACCAUGCUUUCUGACCA